GUCACUGAACAGCCUAGACGGCUCGUGGGCUUGGCCAAUGGGAGGAUGAGCGUGCGCAUUUCAGUCAUUGGUUAUGAGGUGUGUGAACCACUUUGCUCUGGUGUGUUCCAACCCCUCAUCAUUGUACCAGUGGCCUAUAAAAGAUGUGCUCGGCCAUAGCUCUUGUUUCAAGUUGGAGCUCAUAAAAUUUGAAACCACUGGGAUUAAGAAACAGAAGAGAAAAUGCAGAAAUCAAAAAGCUCUAGAGAGAAGGAAACACCCAGCAUGGAUUCAGACCAAGUAGACGGAGGCAGUAUGAGCCAUAGCAGAAAGGGCGUCAGGGUAAGUGGUAAACACGUAGCCUCUUCGGACUGGGAAAGAGGAGGGAAACCUGUGCCCAUAGUCCAGACAAAUUUUUCUGCUCCAAGCCCUGCUGAAAACCCUACAGUCAUUUCAAUCGGCCCACACUGUCGACCCACUAUCUCUACUGAAUCCCAGUAUCAGGACUACGUGAGAAAUGAUGAGUGGAGUAGAGAAGACCACCAAGGCCGCUCACCCCCCACAGAAGGAGGUGUUUCUAAACAAACAAUGGAAGAACUGAAGAGUCUAUUAAGAGAGAGUUCCCUGCUGAGUGCAAGAGAGAGGGAUGAGGCCCGGCCACUUAGUCCCAGCAGCCACAAGCCUGGACAGAGGCUGGAUUGCAGACCUGACGAGGUUCCAUCAAAGUCUUUCACAACUUUCAAACCCAUUCUGUCAAGCAGCAGAAGAACAUCAAGACCAAGAGAAGGUGUUUCGUCUGGCUGGGAUUCUGGUGGGUCAUCUAGGACCGAUGGUCAUACAAACAGGCCAUCUGGUUUUAGAUCACCCACCAGUGAAAGAUCUCACCGGGUAGACACUUGGUCCUCACAGACAGAUAACAAAGACAAUACGCAGACAGAAUCUCAUGGGUCACAAAACUUCAUUUCGGAGGUUGAACAGAUAAAGCAGCAGAUUUCUCGGGAGAACAUUGGCUUUGUUCGCUUUGAAGCAACAGAUCUCCAUGGUGUGUCAAGAUCCAAGAUGGUCCCAGCUCGCUUCUUUCAAGAAAAAGCUGUUUAUGGUGUGCCCAUGCCUAGAAGCUACCUGGAGCUGACAUUGAGCCCCAAAGACAAUGAGGUUGAUCAUCCAACUGCUGCCAAUUUUAGUAGUGAUGUUCUUCUGAUCCCUGAUCUCUCUACCUUCCGGGUUCUUCCUUGGGCUGAACAGACCGCUCGUAUAAUUUGUGAUCCUUGCACCAUCACAGGGAUCCCACUGCGCACCUCUCCUCGCCUCAUAGCUAAGCUGAUGAUUGGUCACCUUCAAAGCAUGGGGUUCUCGAUCCAUUCUUCCUUCAUAUAUGAAUGCUGCAUCUUAGGGGCUCCAGAACGGAUGGGCCCCAAGAUUGUUUUUUUCCCUGCCACUACUUUGCUGAGCAAUCAUGACCUGCCCUUCCUACAGCAGCUUGUGAGAGGGAUGUACCACAUGGGUGUUGAUGUGGACAGUUUUGCAUCUUCCAGCGGUCCAGGACAGAUGGAGAUCUGCUUCAAGCCUAUGUUUGGAAUUGAUGCUGCGGACAGUGCCUUCACCUUUAGAACUGGAAUUAAAGAGAUGGCCAGGAAGCAUAACUACAUUGCCACCUUCCUCACUGAUGAAACCAUCUACAAUUCGGGAUUACUCUCCCAUAGCAUAUGGGAUGCCAACGGCCGGAGAAAUCUUUUUCAUUCAGACACUGAGGAGCUAUCCGAUAUCGGCAAGAAAUGGCUUGGUGGGCUUCUCCACCACUCACCAGCUUUGAGCUGCCUAAUGGCACCAGGCAUCGGCUGCCGCAAUCAGCUUACUAAAGGCAAAGAUUCAAAGCACCCAUUCUACGCCACAUGUGGCUGCAAUGACAACAGCUGUGCCUUUAACGUGAAGCUCCAUGGUGGACGGGAGACUUACAUCGAUAAUAGGCUCGGCUCAGCAAUGGCAAACCCUUACAUAGUUUUGGCAGCAACCAUAGCAGCUGGUCUGGAUGGUGUUAAGCGUAACCUCAGCAUAAAUCAUGGUCUUAACAGAGCUCCAGCCCAGGAGAAACAGUUUGUGGUUCCUGUUAAACUAGAAGAUGCUUUAGAGGCUCUGGCAGAAGACGCCGUGAUUCGUGGAGCGCUUGGUGAGCCAUUUGUGCAGUAUUUCAUUGCCAUGAAACGUUUUGAGAUUGAGAAACAGGAGCUUGAUACAGACAGAAACAAAGGCCUGGAAUAUUUCAUCUGAUGAAUGAAUGAUUUUACUGACUGAAGUGUUCUCAUGUAGAAUAGAACGAGAACCAAACACACUCAUGUAUUUAUAUCACGUGACCUAAAAAGAGAUGCCAAGAUCCCUAUUUAAUGACAGUGAUGAAAAAUAAAAGCUCAUUAUGAUC